GGGCUGUGCAGCGGGGGGGCCCCCGCGCUGCUGCUGGAGGGGGACCGCGUGGUGCCAGUUGCUGCUCCUUCGGAAAGUCCCUUUUCUUUGAUUUGCUUCCUCAAGGACUUCAACUGUUCAGUGCAUCCUGCUGCUCCCCGAGAGCCCGCCACCUUCACGCCCCUCUCCCCAACUGAGUUGCUGCGAAUGCAAGUCGCCAGAAUCCGAAUUGAAAAGCAUUUAAAUCAAAAUAAUAAAACCAAUUCCACCAGGGGGCCCCCAGGGGCCCCCGCAGCCCUAGAAGACAGGGGACCCCCAGACGGGGCCCCCGGGGACCCCCAGGGGGCCUCAGCGGGGGCCCCCGGGGGCCUCCCAGGGGCCCCCGAGGCCGCAGCAGGGGCCCCAGGGGGCCCCCCGGGGGCCCCCGGGGGCCCCCCAGGGGCCCCAGGAGGCGCCCCCGGGGGCCCCCCGGGGGCCCCCAGAGAUAGGGGGGCCCCCGAAGAAGUAGAUGGAGUGGAGUUGUCCAGCGAGGGUUUUGUCGUUGGAGUUGACGCAGAGUUUGUUGCAGAAGUGACAGAAGCAGCAGAAAUAGACCAAGAUGGACGCAAAGAGAUUCUGCAGGGGUCGUCGCUGGCGCUGGCGAGGCUGAGUCUGGUGCGGGGCCAGGGGCCCCUAGAAGAGGUUCCCUUCAUCGACCAUUAUGUGCUCUUCAAGAAACCCCCCAAGGACUGCCUCACUAGAUUCUCUGGACUGCGCGCUGAGGAUUUGAGUUUGACGGAUUCGGUCGUGUGGCUGUCGACGCGGAAAUCCAUUUUGCAGAAAAUGCGAUUUCUCGUGGAUUGCAAGUGCAUCUUCGUGGGCCACGGACUGCAGCAGGAUUUCCGGGUGAUGAACCUCUACGUGCCUGCGCAGCAAGUCAUUGACACUGCAUAUCUUUUUCGCAUUCCUGGACGCCGUCUUUUGUCUUUAAAGUUUCUUUCUGCAUUUAUUUUGCAAAAAAAUAUUCAAAAUAAAACCCACGAUUCAAUUGAAGACGCGCAAACCUCUCUCCGCCUCUUCAGGAAGUAUCUGCAGCUGCGGCGCUCGGGGUGUCUGUACAGCUGCUUGGAGCAACUUUACCAAUACGGGAGGCUUUUGAACUUUUCGCCUCCUGCGUUGCCUCUAAAAGACUUUUUAGAAAGUCCAAAAGAGCAAAAAGAAAUAACUGAAAACAAAUUCCCAAAUAACUCGAGCUUUCCGCGCUAA